CAAUAACGAAAACUAAUUCCGGCUUCCUCAAGACAACGACAAGAUGACCAAAGGUACAUCAUCCUUCGGUAAGCGUCACACCAAGUCGCACACCCUCUGCCGCCGUUGCGGGAACCGUUCGUUCCACAAGCAGCACAAAACCUGCGCGCAGUGCGGUUACCCCUCCGCAAAGAUCCGUUCAUACAACUGGAGCGUGAAAGCAAAGCGCCGCAAGACGACGGGCACAGGCCGCAUGCGCUACCUCCAACACGUCUCCCGUCGCUUCAAGAAUGGUUUCAGGGAGCACACCUCAGCUGUGAAGAGGAGCCGCCAAGCGGCUGAGGCAUAAGCAUGUUGUCUUUCCAUGUUUCCCACACUCCCUGUUUUCAUAGUUAGCACGACAUUGCAUUGAUCAACUCUGGAAUAACAACUGGAGCGAAAUCCAGCGCAUGUAACUACUUCCUCUCAUGCACCUCGCAUACAAAAUAUAUGAACUGCUCAAUGCCAAUUUAUGCAUA